AGCAAAGCGCAGAGCUCAACAGCAAACGUAUUAGGCGCGAGUGCUCCCCUCAAAAUCUCCCACUCACUCACUCACUCACUCACUCACUCACUCCCUUCUCUUUCCUUCUUCUCCUGCCACGCUCAUCAAUCUCUCUCCUAAAGAGUUGUUGCAUGAACACAAUCACACUUUCUUGUUUAAUUCCUCUUCAAAUUCCCGCUUAAUAAUUUCUCCAGAUUAUCCGUAAUGUCCAAACAAUCCUAAGUUCUACUAAACCAGCUCAACAUCAAAUUCCUUCAUUUUUCACCGCUUUAAGUGUAAUAAUCUACAGAGGAUGGUGGCUUUUGGGAAAAGGCUAAAACAAACUCAAAUUGAAGAAUGGCAAGGGUACUAUAUAAACUACAAGAUUCUAAAGAAGAAGGUCAAUCAAUAUACUCGACAAAUUGAGAAUGGGUCGGGAGAUCAUCUUCUUGUUCUGAAGGAUUUCUCGAUUAUGCUGGAUAAUCAGCUUGAAAAAAUUGUCUUGUUCAUGCUAGAGCAACAAGGGCUACUCGCAAAGAGGUUGUCUGCUCUCAGGGAACAGCAGGACACUUCAUUUCAGCAGGGAAGCAUUCUUGAUGUGUCUGAAGUACGAGAAGCAUAUCAAUCUGUUGGACAAGACCUUUUGAGGCUUCUCUUCUUUGUUGAAAUGAAUGCUAUAGCUCUAAGGAAGAUCUUAAAGAAAUUUGAUAAACGCUUGGGCUAUGGCUUCACUAACUAUUAUGUCAAAACUCGAGCUAAUCAUCCCUAUUCACAGCUGCAACAAAUAUUCAAGCAUGUGGGCUUUGGGGCUGUCGUGGGAGCCAUAUCCCGCAAUCUUGCAGAUCUGCAGGACAACCAAGGAAGCUAUGUAUCAAUAUAUGAUCAACCGCUUCUUCAUCUUCAGGAUCCGGUUGUGACUUCCAUUCGAGUAGCUGUAGAUAGGCUGACAAAUUCAACAAAUUUCCUUCAUUUCAUGGGGAAACAUGCUAUGAUAGUGCAAGAAGAUUUACCAAGUCCACCUCAGGAUGAUGUUGAUGAACAGACAUUUGAUUUAAUGUCCCUUUUGUUAAAUUUGAUGAACACAUUCCUAUACAUGGUCAAUACAUACAUUAUUGUCCCCACAGCAGAUAGUUAUUCUCUAAGCCUUGGUGCUGCAGCAACUGUUUGUGGGGCAGUGAUUGGAUCAAUGGCUGUCGCCCAAAUGUUCUCUUCAGUUUACUUCAGUGCUUGGUCAAAUAAAUCAUAUAAGAGGCCCCUUAUGUGUAGCAGUGUACUUCUCCUUGUUGGAAAUGUCCUGUAUGCACUGGCUUUUGAUCUUAACUCGAUAUCAGUACUUCUCAUUGGCCGUGUCUUCUGUGGGUUGGGUUCUGCUAGGGCUGUAAAUAGGCGUUACAUUAGUGAUUGUGUGCCACCAAAACUGCGCAUGAAGGCAUCUGCAGGCUUUGUUACUGCCAGUGCACUUGGGAUGGCGUGUGGUCCUGCUCUUGCUUGUUUGUUUCAAGUCAAAUUCAAAUUCUUCAGAUUAACAUUCAAUGAUGACACUUUACCUGGAUGGUUUAUGGCGCUGGCAUGGCUUGUUUACCUUGUGUGUCUUUGCAUUUCGUUUAAAGAGCCUCCCAAGCCUGAAUUCAACAUUUUGUCUCAGGAAUCGAAUCGAGGACAAAAGACACAUAACACAGCAGAGAAUGGUUUGGAGCAACCAUUACUUGAAGGCUCAGAGGAAAAAAAACAGGAUGAUGAUGACGAAGAUGAUCAAGAUUAUGACCAAAAUGAUGACGAUUCUGAAGAAAACCAUAAACCUGCUACCUCAAUUGUUGCAGCUUAUAGAUUGCUGACGCCUUCUGUCAAGGCUCAAUUAUUGAUUUAUUUCAUGCUCAAGUAUGCAAUGGAGAUACUACUAGCAGAAUCAAGCGUCAUUACAGGAUACUACUUCAAGUGGUCUACCAGCUCUGUGGCACUUUUUCUUGCAUGUCUUGGGCUAACAGUUCUCCCAGUCAAUGUUCUAGUUGGAAACUACAUCAGCAAUAUGUUUGAGGAAAGGCAAGUUUUGUUGACAUCCGAGAUCAUUGUUUGCAUAGGAAUUGUCCUGAGCUUCAAGGUUGGAUUCCCGUAUUCAGUUCCGCAGUAUGUCAUUUCAGCAGUCAUCACAUUUGUAUCUGCUGAAGUACUUGAAGGUGUUAAUCUAUCACUUUUAUCUCGAGUGAUGUCGUCGAGGCUAGCUCGUGGGACCUACAACGGAGGACUGCUUUCUACAGAAGCAGGGACCCUAGCUCGAGUAGUUGCUGAUGGUACGAUAACUCUGGCCGGGUUAUGGGGUGAAAGCAGACUUUUGAAUACUACUCUCUUCCCUUCACUUCUGAUAUGUAUCUCCUCAAUUGUAGCCACCUGCUUCACUUAUAAUUCUAUGUACUGAAUCCCUCCAAAAAUAAAGCUUAAACGCGUCAUAUAUGCAAGGAAGUUGUACAGCUCAAAUGAUCAUUAUGAGUUGAUAAUCAAUGUUGAUGAGACAUAGGGUAAAAGCUUGUGAUGAUGAGCUUAAUCCGGUCAUGGUCUUGUUUAGCAUAUGUUUCAUGUUCCUCAUCACCUUAAUUAUAGUGUGUAAAGCAACCUUGUAUAACGGACUCGUGAAAGCACUUGGAUGUAUUCUCAGGUAAGAACUGCUUGCGCUGAUUAAUCAACCAACAGAAUUCUUCAGCAGUGCAGGUUUGUUGCGCCGAUGAAAGCACUUAUGUUGCCAUGUUGUCAGAUCGACAGUGAAGUCUAAAACGCUGAUAGGGGAAGAUGAUAGCAUUUAAGCUAGAAAGAUGUUAGCAUCCUAGCAGAAUACAUGGAAGACAUAUAGCUAAAGACCUAAAGUUUCAUACUUGAGUUAAUUUUUGUAAAUGAUUCUGUAUUAUUUUGAUGUUUAAUAUCCCAAUUGGAAAGUAUAGGGUGUAAAUUCUUACUGUUAAGAGUUGUUUUGGUUAUUUUUUACACGAAGAUUAAUCAAACAAUAAAAUUAAGGGUUGUAUGUCAUCAUAGGGUAAUAAUUGACAAUCGUAUUAUUCUGUAUUAAGUUUUUGCAAGAGUCAUUAGGAAUUCAUAGCUUGUCCAGGACUC